AUGUCGAGCCCUGGCAUCGAGCAGAGCUUCUAUGACAUCGAUGAACACUUCAAGAGGCUGGAGCAGCAGCUCCAGGCUUUGGAGAGGCGCUUCGAGCUGCACCUGGAGAAUAUCUCCACCAGUAAGGAUCACCAGUCCUCGCAAUCUACCGGCGACACUGCCUGCGAGCUCACCAUGCCUGGUACCGCCGAUGUCAAUGCGAGCACCGUGAUGCCGCUGCCACCCGCCGAGGCUGUGGUGUGUCCCCAGCCCCCGGAGAGCCCAGUGGUGACGCCCCGACCGGCCAAGCCCCGGCCCACGAAGCUGGGCGGCGCCUUUGAGGUGAAGGAGGCCAUCAACGUCUACAACAGCCGUGCCUCCGUGAUGGCCCGCCGGGACUUCGGCAUCGAUGAGGAGGUUUUGGACAUGCAGACGCGCGAAUACUACCAGUUCGGGGAGUCCACUUGGGACCUGGCGAUCUUCAUUGGCACUGGGGCGCUAGGGCCUGCAGGCUCCUUUCAGCUUUGCGUGCUGCUGGUGAUGAACGUCGCCAUGCAGGCCAUCUUUGUGGGCAUCGCCUGGUUCAACUUCUUCAGCGCGUCGGUGGACGCCCGGACAAUUGAAGACGCCGCAUGGUGGCGAAGGUCCACCGCCCACUCCUUGGCUUGGUAUGACCCUGUGAGCGGCUCUUCUUUGGCCUCUCGGGUUUGCGGCGGUGACAAGAGUUUGCAUAUCUCGGGGAUCCAGAUGGCCCUCUAUGAGGACAUCAAACGCUACCUCAAGCCCAACGCAGAGGGCUUGGAUGCUUUCUUGAAUGGUCAGGUGCUGUGCCUGGUUGCCCUGAUUUGCUGGUACCUCAUGGUUAUCAAGGAGGUGAGCCACGCGCUGGCGCUGCACCGGGGCAUCUCGGCGGUGGCAUCCGGGCCCAGCAGACUGGAGCCCAGGGAGAACCCCUUCACGCAGGUCACCCACUACCGGCUCACCUCCAUCUCGCCCAUGCGGCGCGCCUGCAGCGGCAUGCUGCUGCUCUACCGCCUGUUUGCCGCGGUCUUGCUGAUCUACGUGGGCACCGUCUUCCUGGUGUAUACAGUUAGCGUCACUGACCUCAUCCUCAAUGCAGUGGCACUGGGAAUCAUCCUUGAGAUCGAUGACCUGAUCUUCGAUGCGCUAGCGACCACCCCUGGGCGGCACCUGGUGCACCACUUGGAGCCCUUGCCCAUGCCAUCCUUCCCUCGCUGGAGAGGAGCUGACGUGAAGUCACUCAGCAUGAGCCUCCUGAUACCUGGACUGGUUUGCUUGGUCUACUUUACGAUGCUGGCACUAAUGGUGGAGAACCUGCGCGAAGUUGCUGAACAACUCUGCGGAGGGACCCACAACUUUGUAUGGUCCGUGGACAAGCGUGGAGUGACUGUGAUGGCCGCCACCAACCUGCACAGAGAUCGCGUGGCCGACAAGCUUCAUGCCAAGGCCAUGGAGGAGAUGUUUCAAGCCACAGACCUGCUGUCAGAGACAGGCUUCCCUGGACGGAACUGGACUUACGCUGCGACGGUGGAUUCACUGGAUUUUCUGAAGGCUAUGACGACCCUGCACGAGGAGGACGUCAUUGACAUCACCAAUCCAUCCUGUGGGAAUUUGGCAGACCAGGACCCGCCCAUGCUGGCUGUGCUGCGGCACACCCUUGGAAAUGAGAGCAUCGAGGGGUGCAAGGAUGUGCAGUCCUACUGCAACUCAGUCUCAGCGCCAGUGCCGGGGAAGGGCCCGGACGAGGGCCGGGGCUACGUGACGCGGAUGGUCUGCUCGGACACCUGCGGCUGUGGAGAUCCCGGAGGUAUGUUUGCCUACGUGCAGGGUUGUCCCUACGGCGAUAAUCGGCCCUGUUCCACCAUCCCGAAGUUCAGAGACGAGAUCUACCAGGCGACAUGUGAGGAGAGGACGCCUGAGUUGCUCCGGCAGCACGAGCCCUGGCUAAGCUGGGUGGAGGUCAUCCGCAACUGGGCCACCGCAGGUGGGAACCUAGAUGGCCAGGAGGAAGCCUUGCUUUUGGCGCAGGCCCUGUACGACCACGGCUGCGGCUUUGGUGAGAACCUCACUGCCCAGAACGUCACCUGGGGUGACUGCCACGAGUGGAACGAGGAUUUCGACUGGGAUUUCAAGACGGUGGCGUUCUUCUGCCCAGAGACCUGCCAGUGCACAGCCGCCACAAGAGAAUCCUCAUGUCCGUUUCCUCGGGGGAAAGGAUGCGACCAGCUGAAGGACUGCGUACUGCAAAGGCAGCAGUAUUACUGCAUCGGCGACCCAGGUGUGGACCGGAUUCAGGGCGGCAUUGGGAUCGCAUAUUCAAGUGCUGAUUUUGCGAUUGUGAAGCUGACGCUACGCAGGGCCUUGGUGAAGUUGCUUGGCGUGCCCUGGCGGGCAGUGACAGUGAACAUCUUCUUUGUCGAGGUCUACUUUGACGUUUGGCGCACGCCGCUGCCCGGCGUCGAUCUGGAUAGCGUUGAACAGAUCUUGAUGGGCGUGGAUAAAGAGCAGUUUCUCCAGGCCUGGAAUCAACAGCUGGCCGCCAACCAGCUGUCGCAGCUAAAGGUGAGUGUGACCUACUUUCAGGUAGCCUCUAAAGGGACCGACGAAGAGGGCUGA